AUGAAUACAAUAACAAAAAAAAAGAUUCGUGAUAAAAGUCUUUCAGUUGUUAAUGCUGCCGUUGACUACAACAUUCCAAUUCGAACAGUUUACAAUAAAUUAUCAGCAAAUGACAUCAAUUCUCGUCCUGGUGGUAAGACAAUUUUAACAAAAGAUGAAGAAGAGUUGCUUGUUCAUACAAUUAUUUUAUUCCAAGAAUGGCAAUGUCCAGUUACACCAUCAAUAGUUAUACAUUUGGCAAAAUCUUACAUGAUGGAACUUGGUAAAGCCAUCUCUCCAAAUUCUACACUUCGAGAUUGGUUCACUGGUUUUAUGAAAAGGUGGUCAAAACAAUUAAAAUUAGGAAAAACAGAAAAGCUUGAAAAAAAUCGAUCAAAUGCUUGCCGCAAAGAAGUUAUUGAUAAUUGGUUUCAGCAUCUACACGAAGUAUUAACGAAAUAUAAUCUGUUUAACAGACCGGAAGCUUUAUGGAAUGUCGACGAAGCUGGCUUUACCGAUGAUCCUGGUAGAAGAUCUGUCGUCAUUAAGCGUAACACGAAACAUACAACAUCAUCACAAUCGGGUACGGGAAAGUCUCAUACGACUUUAUUAAUAUGUACAUCAGCUAGUGGCAAAAAAUUACCACCGUACAUCAUCUUUCAAGGUGUACAACUAUGGUCAACGUCUAUACCGAAGAAUGGUUUUCCUGGAACCAGAUAUAAUUGUACAAAAUCAGGAUGGGUGGAUGAACCUGUUUUCUUCCAUUGGUUUGUCAAUCAAUUUAUUCCAAACGUAAGUAAAGUUAAACGACCUAUCAUUCUUUUUUUUGAUGGUCAUCAAACACACAUCAGUGCUCGAAUCGUCAAAGCUGCAAUGGAAAAUCAAAUAGAAUUAGAAUGUUUUCCACCACACACUACUAUUAUAUUACAACCAUUGGACGUUGUUACAUUGCAUAAGAUCAAAACAGCAUGGCGAUCACUUCUUGUUGAACACAACAUCAAAACAAACAGCAGUUCAAUUGAUAAACAACGAUUUACUUUAUUGAUAUCUGAAUUGUGGAAAAAUCAUUUGCUUAAAGAACAUUGCAGUUCUGGUUUUUCAAAGGCCGGUAUUUAUCCAUACGAGCCACAGACCGUAAGUAAAGAAAAACUUUUAAUACCACCUACAUCAACUGUGAUGGUUUUACCUGUUACAGAUGCUCAACGAACUAGUUCAAAUGAUAUUAUCAUUGACAAGCCUCCUCGUCAACGUCUUCAUCGAUCAGCAUCGUGUGAUCAAUUUUCAAAUACUUGCGAGUAA